AUGACUAAGUUGACAAUUUUGACUAAUUAUGAUGGGAAGUGGGUUAAUUCUUUAUAUAAGGGUGGUAAAAUGAAGGCAUUAGUUGCUGAAAAAGUUACUUAUGAGGAUGUUCAGGAUAGACUGCAUGAUAUUGUCAGAGUAGAUCCAAAUGAUCCUGCACGAGACUGGAAAAUUCCAUUGUGCAUUACUGUUGAACAUAGGGUAUUAGUUGCGGGAAGUGGGAGUGUUGAACAUCCAGUGCCAGUGGACUUCACUUCAGAGACUCAAGCAAAUUCGGAUUGUGGUGAUGGAUUGAUCCUUGAUGAUUUGGAAAAUGAUAAGCCGCAUGAUAAUAUAGAAGUUUAUGUGGAACGUAACAACCUGCGACAUGAUGAUGUGCCUCAUGACAACCUGUAA